CCCCAUCUGGGUUUAAGUUGUACACGUUUUUUAACCAUCUUCUCUGUAUCUUAGUCUCUGAUUUUGAUUUAUCUUAGUCUCUUUCACAAGUUUUUGUUAACCCUUUUUUUCAAAGCAAAAAGUCUAAGUAGUGCUGGUGGUGUUGGAGGUGAAAAUGACGAUCACAGCCACACCGAUUGUUAAGGAUGGUUGUCUCAUGGUGAGGGGCAAGGUGGUGUUGACCGGAGUGCCUGAAAAUGUUGCUGUUUCUCAGGUUGGCUCCGGGGGCUCGGCUUUCUUGGGUGCAACUUCAACUUCUCCAAGUUCACGUCAUGUUUUCAGUCUUGGUGUUCUUGAGGGAGGAUACAAGUUCUUGUCUCUCUUCAGAGUAAAAAUCUGGUGGAUGAUACCACGUGUUGGGAAAUCGGGUAGUGAAAUUCCACUGGAAACGCAAAUGCUUCUCUUGGAAGCAAGAGAACAGUCUGCCCUGCAUGAUGAGAUUUCUUCUGAUCCAAAUUAUACUGAAAACACCUUCUAUAUUCUUUUCUUGCCUGUGUUGGAAGGACAAUUUAGGACAAGUUUGCAAGGGACUCCUGCAAAUGAGCUUCAGUUUUGUGUUGAAAGUGGAGAUGUCAAUGUUCAAACCUCCCAAUCAUUGGAAGCAGUAUUCAUUAAUUCUGGGGACAACCCAUUUGAGCUCCUUAAAAAUUCUAUCAAGAUACUUGAGAAGCAAAAAGGUACUUUUAGCCACAUUGAAAACAAGAAGAUGCCGGCCCACUUGGACUGGUUUGGAUGGUGCACUUGGGAUGCUUUCUACACUGAAGUCAGUCCACAAGGGAUCAAAGAGGGUCUUCAAAGUUUCUUGGAAGGAGGCUGUUUACCUAAAUUUCUGAUCAUUGAUGACGGAUGGCAAGAGACUGUAAAUGAGUUCAGCAAAGAAGGUGAACCGUUUAUUGAAGGGACACAGUUUGCAAGCAGAUUGGUGGACAUCAAAGAAAACAAUAAGUUCAAGAGUUCAGGUUCAGAUAAUACAUGCAUUGAUCUCCAUGAUUUUAUUGAUUCAAUCAAAGACGAAUAUGGAAUAAAAUUUGUUUACGUGUGGCAUGCUUUAGCUGGUUAUUGGGGUGGUGUGCUUCCAUCAUCGGAAACAAUGAAAAAGUACAAUCCAAAGAUUGCCUAUCCAAUUCAGUCACCUGGUAACACAGGGAAUCUUAGAGACAUUGCCAUGGACAGCUUGGAAAAAUAUGGAGUAGGGAUUAUAGAACCCCAAAAAAUCUUUGAGUUUUAUGACGAUCUCCACAGCUAUCUUGCAAGCUGCAGCGUGGAUGGAGUCAAGGUUGAUGUUCAGAAUUUGAUAGAAACCUUAGGUUCUGGGGUCGGUGGACGGGUGUCAUUGACUAGAUGCUAUCAAGAAGCACUUGAGCAAUCUAUUGCACGGAACUUCAAGGACAAUAACCUGAUUUGCUGCAUGAGUCACAAUUCAGACUCAAUCUAUAGUUCAAAGAAGAGUGCAGUUGCAAGAGCAUCAGAGGAUUUCAUGCCAAGAGAACCAACAUUUCAGACUUUACAUAUUGCUUCUGUGGCUUUUAAUAGUCUUCUUCUAGGGGAGAUUGUGGUGCCGGAUUGGGACAUGUUCCAUAGCAAACAUGAUACAGCUGAGUUUCAUGCUGCAGCAAGAGCAAUAGGUGGGUGUGCAAUAUAUGUAAGUGACAAGCCUGCCAAACAGGAUUUCAAAAUUCUCCGAAAGCUAGUAUUGCCUGAUGGGUCAGUCUUAAGAGCUAGAUAUGCAGGCCGGCCUAGUCGAGACUGUUUGUUUGUAGACCCAGUUAUGGACAAGAAGAGCAUGUUGAAAAUAUGGAACUUGAAUAAGUUAUCUGGGGUCAUGGGUGUUUUUAAUUGUCAAGGAGCAGGAAGUUGGCCACUUAAAGAAGUAGCUCAAGAUAAUUGUAAUGCCACAUAUACUUCUUCAUCCAUCUCAUGUCAUGUGAGUCCCCAUGAUGUUGAAUUUCUUGAAGAGGUAGCUGAUGAAAGUUGGAAUGGAGAUUGUGCAAUAUAUGCCUUUAAUUCAGGAUCUCUUAAUAAAUUGCCAAGGAAAGGUUCACUUGAAGUGUCCUUGAAAACUCUUACAUGUGAACUAUAUACCAUCUCUCCAAUCAGGGUUUUUGGUAAUGAUCUUCUCUUCGCUCCUUUGGGACUGCUUGACAUGUAUAACUCAGGAGGGGCAGUAGAAGCUCUGAACUGCACCAAGGAUCUUUCAAGUUGCAAAAUAAAAAUCAAAGGGCGAGGCUGUGGCCGGUUUGGAGCCUAUUCAAGCACCAAACCAAAAUGUUGUAUGGUAAAUAUGAAAAAAGAGGAAUUCACAUACAAUGCUGAAGAUGGAUUAUUGACAGUUAAAAUUCAAGGUGAAUGCAAAUUAGGAGACAUUGAGUUUGUCUAUUGAGGUGUCUAUGUCCGAGGAAUUAUGCAAUGGAUGAAGUACUUUGAAGGGUUGCAAGUGAAGAACAUAAUGUGUUUAUUUGUCGUAAACAGAUUUAGAUAGAAUGUAUAAUAAUGUAAACAACUUGUUUACUUGAAUAUAAAUAUGCAAUAUUGAUGUUAGCCAA